AUGCCUGCUACAAAGAAAUCCGUUGGCAAAAAGGUCGCCCCUUCUCCUUAUGCUGUUAAGGGUAAGCAGACUCCCAAGAACACCAACCCUUUGAUCGAAAAGACUCCCAAGAACUUCGGUAUUGGUCAAGAUGUUCAACCCAAGCGUGAUGUCUCUCGCUUCGUCAAGUGGCCUCAUUACGUCCGUCUUCAACGUCAAAAGAAGAUCAUCUACCAACGUCUCAAGGUCCCUCCUGCUAUCAACCAAUUCACUCACGUUCUUGACAAGAACACUGCUACUCAACUCUUCAAGUUGAUGCACAAGUACAGACCUGAAAGCAAGACUGAAAAGAAGGAACGUCUUCGUUCUAUUGCUGCCGCCAAGGCUGAAAAGAAGGAAGUUCCCAAGACUGAUAAGCCUGUUGUCGUCAAGUAUGGUAUCAAUCACAUCACCGCUCUUGUCGAAGCCAAGAAGGCUCAAUUGGUUGUCAUUGCCGAUGAUGUUGAUCCCAUCGAAUUGGUCCUCUGGCUUCCUGCCCUUUGCCGUAAGAUGGGUGUUCCUUACUGUAUUGUCAAGGGUAAAGCUCGUCUUGGUCAAUUGGUUCACAAGAAGACUGCCACUGCUUUGGCUUUGACUGAAGUCUCUGAAGCUGAUAAGGCUGAAUUGGCUAAUCUCGUUUCUGCUGUCAAUGCUAACUUCACGGAGAAGUGGGAUGAAGUCCGUCGCCAUUGGGGUGGUGGUAUCAUGGGUCCCAAAUCCAAUGCCAAGAUGGCUAAGCGUGCUGCUAUUGCCGCUAAGGAAAUUGCUGCUCGUCAAUAA